UUUACACUGUAUAAAAUGCCCACUACAUACUAAAUCAUCUGUCACCAACAUUUCCAACAAACUUUGCAAUCUAUUUUCUCCUCCUUUUGCUUCUACCACUCCUUAUAUCUUUUUGGCUCUUGCAUUAUCAAACAAAGAUGAAAAGUUUCCCACUCGUGGCUCACACAUCUAUACUUUUCGGGAUUUUCUUCAUCAUACUAAUGAAUGGCAGAAGCCUUGAUGCAACAACUCGCUGGGAUCACAUGAGCUUUAAUGCAGAAGAUACUCACAGAGCAGUUGACAAUUCAAGGCACGAGCAGGAAAAAACUGAGGAAGUACUUGGUAUGGAGUUAUACCCUACAGGAUCCAGCCUCCCAGACUGUUCCCAUGCAUGUGGACCAUGUUUUCCGUGCAAAAGGGUGAUGGUGAGCUUCAAAUGCUCUGUUGCAGAGUCUUGUCCAACUGUCUACAAAUGCAUGUGUAAAGGGAAAUAUUAUCACGUACCCUCCAAUUGAGCUUCAAUUCAAUCUGGAGGAAUAUGCACCAAAGAACAAAGCAAAUAAUGAUUUAAUUAGCACUUAGCACUGAGGUGACUAUUAAUAUAUUGAAGACUGAGACUACAUCCUCUGUUGAAUUAGGGUUUAUUUCCUUGUACUGGGAUCAUUCUGUAUGAGAGUAACUGAGACAACUAAUUUUCAAGCACAUGAAGUUUAAUUAGAAAGUUAGAUGUUGGGGUUUUUUUCUACUACAGUCGUGUGCGAUAACAUUUUCAUUGAUAUAUUCUACUUGUAAUGAGAUCUGAUUUAUCCUGUUCCCCACCUUUCUAGGUUUUUAAAGUUGAGAAUAUACAGUUAAAUGGA